AUGGGAUGCUAUGGUGGAAAAGUUUUUGGAAAAGUUCUAUCCCCUGAGGCUAUUAAGAGGCAACAUGAGAUCAUUGCCGUGAACCCUGCAGAGAAUAUUAGAGAAGCAUGGGGGAGGUUCAAAGCCUUGAUGAAGCGGUGUCCCAACCAUGGGUUAACCCCGGCAGUGCAAGUCAUUACAUUUUUCAAAGGGUGCAUGCCUGAAGCACAACGGGAGUUGAAUUUCAGCUCAGGUGGAAAUCUUCUCAAGAAAGGAGUGAAUGAAGCUAUGGAAGUGAUUGAGGAGCUCGCCUAUAAUGAUGAAGGAUGGAGUAAUGAGAGGAGUAAGGUGCAUAUGGUGGUUUCCACUACAGAUCAUGAUCCAAUAAGCACCUUAUCCGAUAAGUUGGAUGCCCUUACAAUGAAAUUUGACUGCAUGGCGAUGGGGCAACCCUCUCAAGGACCCCAAAGAGGUGUAGAAGAUGUGAACUACGUGCAACAAGGGGGCAACAACAGGUACUAUAAUAACCCCCGCCCUAACUAUCAAGGUGGAGGUUAUAAUCAGUACGGGAACAUGGAGCAUCCCAACCUCUCUUAUGGGAACCCUAAUAAUGCUCUGCAACCACCUCAGGGGUUCACAAUUACUGAUGGAAUGGUUAAUGAUCAAAAGAAGAUGACCACAGAGGACAUACUCAAGUCCUUCAUGAUUCAGACUAACAAGGUCAUGGAACAGAACAACCAAAGGAUGGAGAAAGGUGAAUCAGACGUGCAAGGAAUGGCCACUCAUCUGAAGAAUAUUGACAUACAGAUCAGCCAGAUUUCCCAAACUAUGAGUGCUAAUACUCAAUCGGGAAAGUUUCCAUCAAAUACUAUCAUCAAUCCCAAGGAAUGCAAAGCUAUACAUCUGAGGAGUGGAACAAGCUAUGAGGGACCUCCAAUGCCAUCCGAAAAUGAGGAUAGAGUAGCAGAAAAGAGAGCUGAAGAGAAGGAAUUGGUCGAAGAAAAUGAGACUGUGCAGAUUUCCACUCCACCUAAGGAGAACACGACUAUACAUUCACCUACACCACCUACAACUCAUAGUCCAGCUGAAGUGAGGAUCCCUUAUCCUCAACGUGUUCAGAAGAAGAAGACAGAUGCCCAGUUUUCAAGGUUCUUAGACAUCUUUAGGAAGGUUAACUUGAAUAUUCCAUUGGUGGAGGCACUUCAAGAAAUGCCUACAUAUGCAAAGUUCCUAAAAGAUGUGCUCUCCAAGAAGAAGAGGUGGACUGACUAUGAGACGGUGAACAUAUCUGAAAACUGUAGUGCCAUAAUUCAGAAAAAAGCUACCGGCCAAGCUUAA